AAGCAUCAAACGGAAAGAUAUAAACAUAUUUGUUUUGUGUGUGCAUUUCUUUGACAAGGCAAAAGAUGGAUAAUUCUCAGAAUAUCAGUUACCAGGCUGGUCAGACCAAGGGCCAAGCUCAGGAAAAGGGUAACCAUAUGAUGGAAAAGGCCGGUAAUGCUGCUCAAUCGACCAAAGAAACAAUGCAGGAGGCUGGACAGCAAAUGAAGGCCAAGGCACAAGGGGCAGCUGAUGCAGUUAAAAAUGCAACAGGGAUGAACAAAUGAAGAUUGAUGGAUCCUUCUACAGUUCUACUGCUUUGAAGUUUUAGUCGGUUUUUAUUUUAUUUUAUUUUAUUUUAUUUUUUGAUUUUGCAAUGAGAACAUUUAUUUUUUAUUCCUUGUAACAGUAGUUUAUGUCAUAAAGUCUGUGGUUGAUCAAAUACCCACAUUUUUAAGAUUUA